AGCGGCCAUUUCCUGUUUCUCUGCAGUUUUCCUCCAGCUUUGGGUGGUGGCUGCUGCUUGGGAUCGGCUUCUAGUCGGCUAAGGGGCGAGGCGGCGUGGACUGCGGUCCCCGUCCCCCCUCCCCUCUAUACACGUACCGCUGUUCCCGGGGCCUUCCCCUCCUUGUCAGUAGCCCAUCCCGCUCGGAGUCCCCGUCGGUCCACCCUUUCUGCUCCCGGGUAUCCUCGGCAGCCGCCGCCUCCACCUCCUCCGCUGCCGCCUCCGCGGCAGCCCCGCAAGCCGCCCCGAUGCAGGCCAUCAAGUGUGUGGUGGUAGGAGACGGAGCUGUAGGUAAAACUUGCCUACUGAUCAGUUAUACAACCAAUGCCUUUCCUGGAGAAUACAUCCCUACUGUCUUUGACAACUAUUCUGCCAAUGUAAUGGUAGAUGGAAAACCUGUGAAUUUGGGUUUAUGGGAUACAGCAGGCCAAGAAGAUUAUGACCGAUUACGUCCCUUAUCCUAUCCGCAAACAGAUGUAUUCUUAAUUUGCUUUUCCCUUGUGAGUCCUGCAUCAUUUGAAAAUGUUCGUGCAAAGUGGUAUCCUGAAGUACGACACCACUGUCCUAACACUCCCAUAAUUUUAGUGGGCACCAAACUUGACCUUAGAGAUGAUAAAGACACGAUUGAGAAACUAAAGGAGAAGAAGCUGACUCCAAUUACCUACCCACAGGGCCUAGCCAUGGCAAAGGAGAUUGGUGCUGUAAAGUAUCUGGAAUGUUCAGCUCUUACACAGCGAGGCCUCAAGACAGUGUUUGAUGAAGCUAUUAGAGCGGUUCUUUGCCCACCCCCUGUCAAGAAGAGGAAGAGAAAAUGUCUGCUGUUGUAAAUGUCACAGCCCUGCCCUAUUCCCCUUUGAACCUUUGUAAGCUUUGCUUAACCAGUGGAGCAUUCACUCAAUGCCAAGUUUUUGUUAUAAAUUAGUUUCUUUCCAUAAAAACCAAUCAAUAAUUUCAUGGUUUUGUUUAAAAGGUUUAGAGAAUGAUUUUUUUUUUCACAUUCUAUUACAACUAAAUUCUUAAAAAAAAAAAAAAAACCUACUUAAAGCCUUAUUUUUCAAAAGCCCUGUUCUUGCUCAGAUUAAGUGUUGCCAAAAUAUCCACUGAACUAAGUUGCAUUGUUGUGCUAUGAACACUAAGCACUAAACUGUUUUUUAAAGACCUUUGUCUUUAAGAAGACUGUUUAAUUUCUGAUAGUAGGAAAUGCAAAAACACUUUCUAAUUAAUUUUUCAGAUAUGUAAAACAGUACAGUAUACUUAGUAAAAAUGUUUAAUGCAUUGAAUAAUUUAUCAACCCAUGUUCAUUAUAUAACAUUGUACUGUAUAUCAGAAUGGGAUGUGUAUAACAAAAUUAUAAUCUUUGAAUUGAUCUUUUGCUUUCACAGUAAAGAUUCUUAAAGAAUCAAAGCUCUUGCUGUGAUUUCAAACAGAACUCCCGUGUGCGUUUUUGUUAUUGGAGUGUUCUCUUUAAGAGCAAUGUUUUGGGUUGGAUUAUUUAGAAUAAUUUGGUUUCAUCAAGGAAUAAAGACAGUAUUUUGACAUUCUGAAGCCUAGGAUUAAUUUACACUACAUUGUAUACUGAAGAGUGGAAAACUGAAUAAAUUUGUCCCGGGUAAAAAGAAGUUUUAAAAAGCAGAACAGUUAACAUCUGUCAAAUGCAGUAGAUAAGAAAGGUUGUUGUUCUAGGUAAGUGUAUUAUUUCUAAGCUUUUCCUUUUUCUUUUUCCCUCUUCCUAAGUAGGGCAUUCAUUAACUCUGAACUGGUCAUUCCCACAGUUGUGAACUUAGUAAAAAAAAAAAAAAAAAAAAAA